AUGCGUCCUGCCUCCCUCGCUGCGGCGCGACGAAUCUCGCGGGGCCUCGCCGGCCCUGCACGGCGCAGUUUUGUUACUUCGGUCCGACGGAGCCAAUCCGAGCAGGAUGCGAUGGCCCGUCUAACAAACAAUGCAGUUCUUCUCGAUGCGAUCAAAACUGGCCGCUUGGUUGAGCGCGAUGGCAAGCCGGUCACGGUCAGUCGAGUCAGACGCGCUGCCUCAAACGGGCAGCCAGAAGCACUCAUCCGGAUGGAGAUCAUGAAGCCUGCGGAGGCUUACCUUCACCCGGAUAAGUUGGUCUUGUGGGUUGCGGAUCAAGGUCGAACUAUACUGCCCUUUUACUACCUGCGCGACCUGUGCAAGUGUCCCAAGUGUGUGGAUCCGCACUCGAAGCAACGGUCUUUCCGUACGAGUGAUAUUCCAAAGGGUGUCUAUCCUCGACUCGUGCGGUGGGAUGGAACACACUUAGAGGUGACAUGGGCCAAUGAUAUUGCCGGCUACGGAAAGGACCAUACAUCUCGUUGGAAUAUUAAAUACCUCAAGAACCCCAUUCUGGACCCUCACGAACAAACCUCCCCAAAUAUGAAGCCUCUUCGGUGGACAAGUAAUCUGAUGAGUCGAUUACAACAUUGGGUAUCAUAUGAGGAUUACAUGAAGGACGAUGCCAAGUUCGCGGCAGCUAUGCGCAACCUGUCUCGUCUCGGCCUGAUCUUUGUCAAGGAUAUUCCCGAUUCACGCGAAAUGGUCGCGAAGAUCGCGACUCGGAUGGGUCCUCUACGCAAUACCUUCUACGGGGAGACCUGGGAUGUGAAGACCGUACCACAGGCCAAGAACGUUGCAUACACAAACCAGUUCCUUGGUUUUCACAUGGACCUCAUGUACAUGAAUGAACCUCCGGGUUACCAGCUACUCCACUGCUUGGAGAAUUCCUGCGAUGGAGGCGAGUCCUUGUUCGCCGAUACAUUCCGUGCUGCCAACAUCAUGAAGAGCGAAUUACCCACCGAGUACAAGGCACUCUCUCGUCGCCAUCUGGGCUACGAGUACGCUCAUGACGAGCACAAGUACCACAACACCAGGCCCGUCUUCCAGCUCGAUCCCAAAACAAAUGAGCUUCGUUACGUCAACUACUCGCCACCCUUCCAGUCUGCCCUGCCUGAAUAUGAAGGCAAAGCUGGCUCUGGUACUGUCGGCUACGUUGAUCUCAAGCGGGCGUUGACCCACUUCAUCAAGAUCAUGGAGGCCCAGCAUUCAGUUUUCCAAUUGAAAUUGAAUCCGGGAGAGUGCGUGAUCUUCAACAACCGUCGCAUCGUUCACGCCCGUAACAAGUUCAACACCAGCUCUGGUUCGCGGUGGCUGGCCGGUGCGUAUGUGGACGAGGAUGCACUGUUGUCUCGCUACGCUGUAUGCCGAGAGAAUGAGGCUAUUACGUGGAAGGCUGCUGAUCCUUUCGUGGGUCUUGAGGGAGUCCGUCGAGAGAUUGCCGAGACUUCGGCAUACGAGGCACAGCUGGCUCUUGCAGAGGUUCGCUUACGAGAAGGACAGAAGUUUGUUCGGGAGGCUGGGCCUCUUGGGGAAGUUGGUAAGGCGUUAGAGGGCCAAGAGAGGGAGCCUGAACCCAUUGAACAGAGCAAGGUCUCUGAGCUGGGGAACCCCACCUUGUAG